AUGGGUAUCCAAGAAUUGGACCCGUUAGCCCAGUUGAGCUUACCACCGGGCUUCCGGUUUUACCCGACGGACGAAGAGCUGAUGGUAGAGUAUCUCUGUAGAAAAGCCGCCGGUCACGACUUCUCUCUUCAGCUCAUCGCCGAGAUCGAUCUCUACAAAUUCGACCCAUGGGUUUUACCAAGUAAGGCGUUAUUCGGGGAAAAAGAGUGGUAUUUUUUCAGCCCAAGGGAUAGGAAGUAUCCGAACGGGUCAAGACCCAAUCGAGUCGCCGGGUCGGGUUAUUGGAAAGCCACCGGUACCGAUAAGGUUAUCUCAACGGAGGGAAGAAGAGUUGGUAUCAAGAAAGCUUUGGUGUUUUACGUUGGCAAAGCACCAAAAGGCACCAAAACUAAUUGGAUCAUGCAUGAGUAUCGUCUCAUCGAACCCUCUCGUAGAAAUGGAAGCACCAAGCUUGAUGAUUGGGUUUUAUGCCGAAUAUACAAGAAGCAAUCAAGCGCACAAAAGCAGGUUUAUAAUAGUCUGAUGACGAGUGCUCGAGAAUACAGCAACAAUGGUUCGUCCACGUCAUCUUCGUCUCAUCAAUACGACGACGUUCUCGAGUCGUUGCAUGAGAUAGACAAUAGAAGUUUGGGAUAUGCAGCCGGUUCAUCAAACGCACUGCCUCAUCAUAGUCAUAGACCGGUCUUAACCGAACAGAAAACCGGGUUUCACGGUUUAGCCAGGGAGCCAAGCUUUGUUGACUGGCCGAAUUUUGGUGGACAUCAUCACUCGCUCCCAGAACUCGGACUAAGCCAAAACGCUCCGAGUCUCCGUUACGGCGACGGUGGUGGUUAUUUUCACGGCGUGAAGACUAACGAGGAAGACGAUAGGACGCAGCAACAGGCUCAUCAGGGUUUUAGUGUUGACCCGGUUAACGAAUUUGGGUACUCGGGUCAACAACCUAGUGGUUUCGGGUUUAUGUGA